CGGCUGGUUGGAAGAGGGAAGGUAGAUUUGUCCGUAACAAUAUUUGUUUGGAAAGAUAAGUAAAUGCAUCUUGUGCCCUUAACAGAGAAUGAAGUAAAUAAACGUUUGAUAACAGUGAUCAGUGCAGUUCGGGUUUACACAAGUGCGAAAUAUGAACAAACUCGUAGUUUUGCUAUUCGUAGUUCCCCUAAGUGCAGCAUUAAAUGUCGUCACACUUAAGUAUUGUUGCGGAGUUGGUACCCAGCAUGCUAACGCCGGGCACCAAUGCGAAGCUUUCAAGCCCCCGAUAGACGGGGUGCGAAAAGACGACGAGUCCUCCUGUCUCCAUUCAAUCGACGUUUGUUGCAAAAACCGAAUUCAGGAAAUACAAUGCGACAAAGGCAUAAAUGACGCUAAGAAGGGACAAUCGUGUAACGGGGACGGUUUCCAAAAAGACUGUUGCGAGGCUUGUCAAUUGGGACGCGACACAGGCACGUCCACAAAAGCUUGUCAGGAGUUAGGACUUGGCCUCCCGUUCGAUAAAGCUUUUACUGAAUGUUGCAAAGAGAUAAUUGAGUCUCCAACAACAACAACAACAACUGAAAGAACAACCACCGAGGCAAUCAAAUCGACCCCAUCCACAAUUUACUCCCCAUUGCCACCUCUGGAAAACGUGUGUGAUAUUGGCGACGUUUGCGCCCAAAUCUGCAUCCCGACCCAGGAUUCGUACAAAUGUGCGUGCAACAAAGGGUUCACUUUAAUGGGCGAUGGCAUUUCGUGCAAGCCUGACAAAAAUAAGUCGCCGAAAAAGAAUGAUAGAUGUUCCGUGAACAAUCCCUGCGACCACGAGUGCAUCGACACAGGGGUCGCAAUUAAGUGCUCGUGUCGGGAGGGCUACGAGCUAGCCAAGGACAAAAGGACGUGCCAAGAUAUCGACGAGUGCGCCCAGGGAAUCCACCAGUGCGAGCCCACCGAAGAAUGCGUGAACGAAGAAGGGUCGUACUUCUGCGACGACCCGAACUUCCAGCCCGAGACCGACCUGAACACCGACAUCGAACUGGACGGCAACUGCCCCACUGGCUACAAAUUCAAUUACGAGAAAAAAGUCUGCGAUGACAUUGAUGAAUGCGAGUUUGAUAUCAUUUGCCCGCGGCCGCAGACUUGCAUCAACACAAUUGGCUCGUUUAAAUGCGAGGAUAACACCCCGCAAUGCCCCCCGGGAUUUCACUACAAGGACUCCAUCGAGACGUGCACAGACAUCGACGAAUGUAUGACCGGAGACAACGAUUGUAACAAAGAGUCGCAAGUUUGCCUCAACACGAAAGGGAACUACACUUGCAUCGAUAAAGUUUCGAAAAAGACGUGCCCUCCCGGGUUCAAGAAAAACCCGCUUACGCAAAACUGCGACGACAUUGACGAGUGCGUCGAAAACGAAGAACCGUGCGGGUUUAACGAAGAGUGUGUCAAUGAACCUGGGGGGCACAACUGUGUUCCAAGAAGUGGGAAAAAGACGUACGAGUACCCACUGCGGCCCCCCUACGAGCCGGUACUGCCCCCGAAACCCACCGAGGUGGCCUCCAGUACCUCCACUAGCACUAGCACUAGUACCACCACCACCACGACUACGACAAAGCCACACGUUUCGUGCCCAACUGGGUACAGAUAUUCCCCACAAACCAACUCAUGCCUUGAUAUCGACGAAUGUUCCGAAGAUCCACAAACCUGCGACAGCAGUCAGGAAUGCUACAACAGUCCUGGGAGCUACAUUUGUAAAUGCAAGCCCGGGUUUAGUAAAGACUUCCAAACCGGAGCUUGCGUCGAUAUAAAUGAGUGCCAGUUAAACCAGCACGACUGCACGCAGGCCCAGCGCUGCGACAACACGAUCGGUUCUUACCUUUGUGCCAGGAUAACUGGCUGUGGCACUGGCUAUACCUUAAACUAUGCCAAUGGUUUAUGCGAAGACGACGACGAGUGUGCCUUAAAUACGCACACGUGUAACAGUUUAGGUCCAAAUUUCAGGUGCCGGAACACUUUGGGUUCCUACCGUUGUGACCCUAUCAGAAUUGUACCAAAACCAGCGCCUACCCCUUUAAUCCCUGUUUUCUCGACACCUUUCAGCACUCAAAAUUACCCCGUUCUGAUCGGGACACGUAAAAAAUGCCUUCCGGGCUACAUAAUGAACCAACACGGUGUCUGUGAAGAUAUAAACGAGUGCGAAAGCAAUCCCUGUCCCCGGGGCCAAAAGUGCCUCAAUUUCAAUGGUAGGUAUGAGUGUCUUUCGGAGCUACAGUGCAAAAUUGGCUACGAGAUGGACGAAGCAGGGGAAAAUUGUCUCGAUAUAAAUGAGUGUACGAGAGGUACGCACAAAUGCAAGGACACCCAAAUUUGCAAAAACGGACGCGGAUUUUACACGUGUGAGUGCCCUCCGGGCCACCACAUGAACCCCAUGACUCAGAGAUGCGAAGAUAUCGACGAAUGCAAACAUUACAGGGCUUGCUAUCUUAAUGCCGAAUGUGUGAAUACAAUCGGCUCGUACAAAUGCCACUGUAAGGAGGGAUUUCGGGGAAAGGGCAACUCGUGUGAGGACAUUGACGAAUGCAAAGAAAAUGCAGGGUUGUGUGAACACAGCUGUGUCAACAUUUGGGGUUCUUAUCGAUGCGCUUGCAAGCAAGGUUUUAUAUUAAGUUACGACAACAGAACGUGUACGGACAUCGACGAAUGCCAGAAAUUCAAAGAUAAGAGACUUUGUGUUGGAAUAUGUGAAAAUGUUCCGGGGAGUUACCGGUGCAAAUGUCCGGACGGGUAUCGUUUAGGGAACGAUGGGCGAACGUGCAUCGAUAUUGACGAAUGCCAGCAAAACAUCUGUCCUCGCCACGAUGACAUUUGUUUGAACACCCGGGGCGGCUAUAAAUGCUACACAAUCAACUGUCCCCCGAACUACAUCAGGGACCCCCAACACAAAGGGCGCUGUAAACUGCCGCAAAAUUUCUGCGACCGCAGAGACAUCCAGUGUAUUUUAAGGCCCGAGCAGUACACUUAUCACUACAUAACGCUCGUUUCCAAACUACCAAUCCAACGCGACAGCGUCCAAUUCUUCCAAAUCAACGGCCCGAUAUGGAUCACCACCCGCGCCGAGUUCUCGAUGGAAGUGGUCAAAGUCGAGGCACCGUACGGUGUGCAAAAAUGCGACGAGCGCUAUUUCAAAAUGGUCAAGCUUGACCCCAACGCUAUGAAAAUAUUCCUGGUGCGAUCGAUUGAAGGCCCCCAGGAAGUCCAGCUCAAAGUCGAGAUGCACCUCUACCAAAACAACAUACUAACAGCGAACGUGGUCUCGUACAUUUUUAUCGUAGUUUCGGCUUAUCCCUUCUAGAAUAGCGAGGUGGAGGAUGUGCGAGUUUUCAGCGGUGUUAGUCUAGCUAGUUUGUACGAGUACUUACUUUUCUAUUUCAAUAAAAUAUCGUAGAUAUAAA